UUUUCUUUGAUUAUUCGUUCCAGCGUGCGCGCGCGAGAGAGCAGGGGAGGAGGAGGGGGGGACGCAUCUGUACGGGAUCGCGGCGAGAUUCAUCCUCGCGGAAGUCCUACGUACGAGAGACUAUAAUAAGGGGGAGCGUGCCAACGCAUCGCCACCAAGAAUCCGCCGAGAUGCAGAGCGCGGCGGCGGCCUCGCGCGCCACGGCAUGGAACGCAGCACGGCGGCGGCACGGCGGCGGCGGCGGCUGCGGCUGCAUCCCGAGCCGUGUCAACGUUGGCGCCGCCGCCUCCUUCUCCGGCAGCCGCGGCGGCAUCGUCGGCGGUGCGGCGCCGCCGCUCCGUGUUCGCGGCGGUGGCCACCUCCUGUCUCUGCCGCUGCUGUCAGGUGGAAGGGCGGCUGCGAGUACGACGAGGGUGGCUGUGGCGGCGUCGGCUGAGGCGCCGUUGCCGGCCGACGACGCGCGGGCGCGGGAGAGAGGCGGCGCCGAAGGUGGGCUCGCGGAGACGGCGCGGCUGGGCGCCAUGAUCGUCGCCUGGUACCUCCUCAACAUCUACUUCAACAUCUACAACAAGCAGGUACUGGAGGCAUUGCCGUUCCCCUACACCAUCACCGCCUUCCAGCUCGCGUUUGGCUCGGCCAUCAUCUUCCUCAUGUGGGCGCUCAAGCUCCAUCCCGCGCCCAGAGUCACCGUCGCACAGCUGGCCAAGAUCGCGCCGCUCGCCGCCGGGCACAUGCUGGGCACGGUGUUCACCAACAUGAGCCUCGGCAAGGUGGCCGUCUCCUUCACCCACACCAUCAAAGCCUCCGAGCCCUUCUUCACCGUCCUCCUCUCCGCCUUCUUCCUCGGCGAGACGCCAUCGCUGCUGGUGCUGGGCUCGCUCGUGCCGAUCGUCGGCGGCGUCGCCUUGGCAUCGUUGACGGAGGUCUCUUUCAACUGGAUUGGAUUUUGGAGUGCCAUGGCAUCGAAUCUUCUCAACCAAUCAAGAAAUGUGCUCAGCAAGAAGCUUCUUGGCGGUGAAGAGGAAGCUUUGGAUGACAUAAACCUCUUCUCGAUACUCACCAUACUGUCAUUUCUGCUGUCUUUGCCUCUAAUGCUGUUUGCAGAAGGGGUCAAGUUCACCCCAGGAUGCCUCAGGAGCACCGGCCUUAACCUCCAGGAGCUCUGUGUAAGAGCAGCACUAGCUGGUUUUUGCUUCCAUGGCUACCAGAAGCUCUCGUACUUGAUCCUGGCCAGAGUGUCACCUGUCACUCACUCUGUCGCCAACUGCGUCAAGCGUGUGGUUGUCAUCGUGGCAUCUGUUCUCUUCUUCAGAACCCCCAUUUCACCUGUGAAUGCACUAGGAACCGGUGCUGCACUGGGAGGGGUUUUCCUAUACUCCAGAUUGAAGAAAACAAAACCAAAGGAGGCCUCACAAGCGAGGACACAAGCUUUAUUACAGCUGUUCUCGAAGUUUUCCUUUUUAUUUGAGGCGCAUAGAUUAGGUUGGUAAACGGACGAGGAACACGACCUGGAUUAGGCUUUAGCAUCAGUUGUGCUCCACGAGCUACAGUUCUCUUCUUGCAAAAAUUUGUAUGAAAAUCGUUGAAAAUUCUCAUGUCUCGUGAGGAAUUCACUAGUAUUCAUGAGUAAAAUCAAUAAAGCUAUCACUUAGUUGAAUUCCCCUGGCAGA